GUCAAUCAAAGUUUUGUCGCGUCGUCUUGGCCAUCUACAUAUACGUCAUCAUUACUUGCCAUACCGCGUCGAUUCUUCGUCGCAGCAAUCAGCUGGCGUAAACUAUUGUUCGCGCCAAAACGGAUUAAAAAGGCGGGACGACCAGUCACGGCUCAACACAAACUCUCUCUCGUACGUUUUUUUUCUGACGCGAGAACGCGAAACACUUGCAUUGUGUGAUCUCGCAAUUAUCUCUAGCGUGUGAAAAAUGUCGCAGCCAUCAGUAGCGGCGUAUUUUAACACACGGAAACGUCAGGCGGGCGACGAAUUACGCGGUAAAUCCAAGGUUUUGCUGUUGGAGCGAGAUCACUCGAGCAGUCAAGCGUUGAUAGAUACCGAGAAUUCGGACCAGAUCUUGGACAAGGAGAGCGCGAGUCCGAAAGUCGUGUUGAAGGAUGCGCCCGCAAACGCGAAGGAAGUUUUUCGCGUCAACAGAGUUGUUCGCAACAUUCAGUUCGAUUCACCGAAAGGAACGAGCUCCGAUAAGGCCAGCAAACCAAAAACACGAGUCACGCGCUCACGCACCAGAUUGUUGUCCACUGAUGGAAAUCAGACAGAUAUUCGUGAUAGCUUGCUGAAGAAGAGAAGCGAUGAUACGCCAACAAAAUCUGUGCCUUUUGAGAAAAAAGGCGCUCUCAGCCCAAAGAAAAAGCAACCGCAAACUCCUAAAAAGAGCUCUUUUGUUCCAAAAGAAAGCACGAUUGAAGAGACCGAGAAUGAACAGCUUGCUGAUAGUCCAACAUCAUCAAAGAUACUCUCGAAGAUGGAGAAACAGGCGAGAAUUGAAAAUUUGAAUUUGAUCGAAAUCAAGAACAGACUCAACAAGUCCUCCAGACUGAUGGAAUUGCAAGCCAGAAUACAAAAGAUCAAGCAGUGCGAGAAGAAGUUAGAGAACAUGAAUAAACAGUCUGCUGAAGAAAUCUCGAAUAAAGAAGUCACAAAACCUAAGAUGCAGAAGUUUGAAAAGAUAGAAGUUGAAGUUCCCUUGAGUCCACAGAAAGAAUAUAAGUCUCCAACUAAGACAUUGUUGACUCCAACUAAGAACAAGGAUCUGGCAAAAAUAGCCAGUCCAGAAAGGCGACUUUUAUUUGAACCUAAAGAAACAAGCCCGGUCAAAUCCAGUCCUACUAAAGCAUAUCAAAGAUAUCUGUCACUGGCUGAAAGUGCAAAGCCUGGACUGGCACUACCAAGUAGCUAUAGAUUCUUGGCCGAAGUGUUCCGAUGUAUAGAUACGGUGUCAGCGAUGCUGUUUAACAGAAAGGAGUUAAUAACAUUUGCAAAAUUGAAACCUUCAGUUCAAGAGCUGUUGCGUCGUGAUUUAACACUGCAUCAUCUAUCUCAAAUAAAAACUAUUUAUCCUGAUGCAUUUACCUUUCAUCAGGAAAAAUAUAGGAAUUUUGGUUCUGUGUCCAAACAAGAGAAAUACGAGUUGGUUCUGACACCUAUGGUUGAACCCAGUAAUGGAAGAAAUACACCGGAUGCCGACAAUAUAUUGAAAUGUGCAUCAGAGAGCAGUAUGAGUCCUAAAGUAUUGCUGGAAAGACGAAAGAAAUUUUACAAUGCUCUAUUAGAGAGAGUAAGAGAUGAGCACGAGAAAUUUUUGCAAAGCUGUGGACAUGUGAAAUUACUAAAUAUACCAAGAGAGAAACUGAUAUGUUGGCAUCCCAUGUUUGAUGUGGAAACUUGCAAGGAAAUUGAGGAGGCCGAACUGCCACAGCCUCCUGAAGUUGAAAAACCAACUGCUAAAGAUGUUCUUAACAAAGCUAAAUCUUUGUUCAACUGUGGCACACGCAUGGAGAAAGCGCUGCAGAAGCUGAAUGAAACAAAAAUGACUUCAAACUCGAAGUCCCCCACGCAAGAUUCUACAACUCAGACUACAGAAGAUGGCAUUCCAAAAGUUAACAUUACCAUUGUAGAUACUCCACCGGCUACACCAUCCACAAAGGAUCACGUCAAUUCGCUUCUCAAAGGCAUUCCUAAAGCUCUACUUGAGAAGGUUCGUGCUAAACAAGCGGCCAAGGCACUGGAAGCAAUGACAAGAACACCAAACGCGGACAAGGAAGUCGCAAUGUAUUCCAGAUUUCCCGAAUUAGCGAAGCUUCUUCGCAAUAUUUUUGUAACAGAGAAAAAAAGCGUUCUUUCGAUGGAAGCUGUAAUACAAAAACUUGACAACUCGUUUCGAACAAAACUAACAUCGCAAGAACUGGAAGAGCAUAUUCGUCAGUUGUGCAAACUGCUACCUACAUGGAGUACAAUACAUAACGUACGAAAAGUCGAUUAUCUCAAGUUGAACAGAAACGUUGAGCUUAACAAAGUGAUCAAACAAUUAGAAAUUUUAGCCGACGAUAAGGUCAAGACUAAGGUGUCUUGAUGUGCACGUCAAGGAUUACGGGUGGUAUUCGCAGUCGGAUCUUGUAUCUGCGAUCGUCUUGAGUACAGCGUCAAAGAUGAACUUAAGACAAUCUUGAACGUAAGGUUGAACUACGAAUACCGUCGUCUAUAUUUAUUUUCACUUAUUAUCACAAUUCUUACAUAUGUAGAAAGUGCUGUUUUUGUAUAUUUACAUCUGAAUUAUUACAAGAUGAUUGAAUUGCACAUCUUAAUUAUAAUGUCAAAAUCGGGGUUUUACUCUUCAGCGACUAGUUUUUUUUUAACACGAAGGGUACAAGGCAUAGAACAAGAUACAAAAUACGAGAACAUAUAACAUUUAAUGUUGCAUGUACUUUUCAAGUUUUAUUACGAAAAAAAAAAAAGAGUUUAUUUUAAUAUGCUCAAUGUUUGAUAAGAUGCAAUAUGAUAGUACGUUUAUAAUGUGAAAUAUAAUAAAAUACAAAACACUCUAUUUUUCAUACACACAGUAAAAAAGUAUCGAUAUGUGCGUAAACUUAUGUUCUCAGUAAUCGCGAAAAAUUUGUGUAAGAAGUUAUCUGAAUUUCUUAAGUGAGACAAUCCUGACGAGAAGAUGUGUAAGCACUGUUUUUGAUUAUAUAUAUUUAUUUAAUAAAGCUUCUGGAUAAUAUUGCACACUUUAAAAUAUAUUAUCACUUGUGUAAUUUUUCUCAAAUGUACUUGUAACCAUAUAUA